AGUUAAAGAAAGCUAGUAAGCGUAUGACCUGCCACAAACGGUAUAAAAUACAGAAAAAGGUACGAGAACACAAUAAAAAACUUCGAAAAGAAGACAAGAAACAUAAACACCGGAAGCCAAAGAAAGAUCCUGGAGUUCCAAAUACUGCCCCAUUUAAAGAAGAGAUUCUUCGGGAAGCUGAACAUAGGAAGCAACAGCGUGAAGAAUUGAAACAGAAGCAAAAACUUGCUCGUCAGAAGGAACUAGAAAAGAAACGCAACCAACAAGCAAAUAAAAAGGAUCCUGGUGAUAAGAAAUCAACUACAAAGCAAAAAAUGAAAUCUAACCAGCAGGUCCAAAAAAAUUCAAAGAAAUCAUUUUGUGGGGAGUUGAAAAAGGUAAUUGAGGCUUCAGAUGUCAUACUUGAAAUCUUGGAUGCUAGAGAUCCUCUAGGCUGUAGAUGUCCACAGGUUGAACAACUUAUUGCUCAGUCUGAGGGAAGAAAAAAAAUACUUUUGGUUUUAAAUAAAAUUGAUCUGAUACCAAAAGAAAACUUAGAGAAUUGGUUAAAUUAUUUAAAUAAAGAUCUUCCAACUAUUGCUUUUAAAUCUGCAAUGCAGAUAAAAGACAGAACUGUGGUAAGAACAUAUUUUUCCUGUCUUCUGUAAUACUACCCAAUCUGUUUUUAUAAUAUUAUUUG